AUGGCCGACCGGCCACACCGAGGCGGAGGCGGCGGCGGCGGCAACCGGGGUAACUACCGGGGACGCGGCGGGGGUGACCGCGGCGGUCGCGGCGGCCGAGGCGGCGACCACCACGGCGGCAAGAACAACGACCAGCAGGGCGAGCGCGAGCGGCCAAAGAAGGAAAACAUCCUGGACCUGGCGAAGUACAUGGACAAGGAGGUGCAGGUCAAGUUCAACGGCGGGCGCGAGGUCACUGGAACUCUAAAGGGCUACGAUGCGCUCAUGAACUUGGUACUGGAUGAGGUCAAGGAGACCAUGCGAGGAAUAUGCAGGAGACUUUGGCGCAAGGACUUCUCAAGCAACCGCUUCAGAUUCUUGGGGGGCUCUUGCGCGUAA